UCCAAACCGUUUGAAGCGUUGGCUCGUGCCGCACCCGCAACGGACUUCAAACGUGGAUACGGCGUGAGAACCUCUUUCUUUUUGUUUUCGCCUGGCCAAAAUGCCGAAAAAGGUUCUGAGACUAACGGUGCACCUGAAAAUCCAAGCGGUUACAUGUCCUGGAGUGUUCCUGCCUGAAAAGAAUGAUGUUUACGUCAGUGUAUGUAUGUUAGGAAGAUUCCAGAAAACCAAGUUUGUCCCUUCUGUCUUUCCACUGACCUUCAAUGAGAAAGUGAAGAUUGAAAAGAACUUUCCCGAAGCCAUGAAUCCUGGGGAUGUCGCAGACAUUCUGGAAAUGGAUACAACAAAAUUUGAAUUGAUACAGCUGACUCCUCCAGUGGGUGAAACACUGGCUGUCUAUGAGCAGAAUACCAGGGAGUUUCUUUAUCCUGGUCGCAAGCUGACGCCUAGCUAUCCAGGGAUGGAUAGAGAGCUGUUGAUGAAGAGAUCAGUUGAUUUCCCUGGUAUAGCUCCCAGACUGGAGUUCUCAACAACUUCAAUAAUAAAGGAAUGUCCGUAUGACCUACAAAUAGAAAGUGAGGAGGAUAAUGUGACAUUGGAACUACAGUCCUCCCCAUUGAGGAAAUCCAUGACACAAUUAUCAAAGAGAAAACCUUCCCCUUGCCCCAAGGAGUUCAGCAAAGAUAACAGCUACAAGCAGCCCACAAUAGCAUCCCAGACAAGGUCUCUAUCACCAUAUACCAAAAGACGGAUGGCAGCGCUCUCAGAGGAUGCCAAUCAGAGACUCGCACAUCUGAACCUGGGACCUUAUCAAUUUAAAAAAGAAACAGAUAGCAAACCUCCAUUUGUAAUUAGACAUGUUGAUCAUAAGUUGUUGCCACUUGAUGAUUUGUACAUUGCUUCAUCUUCUCUUACUUCUAAACCCAGUUCUCAGAAGAACUCACCUCUGGGUUCAUGGAUUUAUAAUGAUCCAUCACUUCGUGGCAGCUAUGGACCAAGCAGGACUUCAUUAAAUAUGAUCAAGAAACCUCGUGAGAAAGAUCUGCAAGAUAAUUCUUUUGAAGACACUGAUGAGCUUAUUAUGUCAGAACCAGCUGGCAGACAACUCUCCCCUACCAUGACUUCAAUGAACUAUUUAACAACCUCAUCCUUCCAGAAACAAAGCCCUGUGUUAAAUCGAUUAUCUCUUCGAGAAAGAUUUUAUCCAGGAUCCUUUGGGCCAACAAAAUGGGAAGAAAUUCAUCAGCGAGUUCUAAAAGUUUUGAAGUCAAACAGCGCAAGACAAAGACUGGAUUUUAAUUCUUCUGCUGAAGUAGAUUAUCCUUCAGGUGUAAGAUCUGUCUCAUCUGUAAAUUCAUCCUGUGACAAUACAGGCCAUCUCAGCUCAGUGCUCCAUCAAAAUGCUUCUGUACAUCUGGGGGAUGGUGAUUAUUGGUCGAAUCGUGCUGCUGCUUAUAAAGGAAAGCCUCACAGGGCAAUCUUUGAAGAAAGUCUAGAAAAGAUCUACAGAAAUAUGUACAAGAAAGCUUCAGAUAGCACAUAAGGAUUGCAUAGACUAAUGUAUUUCUGUAUGUCACUGUUGUAUCAGGUUUGGACUUUUUUUCUCCAACCUGUUUGUUA